AUGCCAAGCUAUGCCAAAUUCAUGAAGGAUUUGCUAUCCAGAAAGAGGAAGCUUCAAGAAGAUGAAAUCAUAAUGCUCACAGAAGAUUGCAGUGCAAUAAUUCAAAAAAAAGUACCUCCCAAGUUGAAGGAUCCAGGAAGCUUCGUAAUCCCAUGUGAGAUUGGAAAUUUAAUGGUUGGUAAGGCAUUGUGUGACCUUGGAGCAAGCAUCAAUUUGAUGCCCUUGUCUAUUUUUAAGAGGUUGGGUAUUGGAGAAGUGAAGCUUACUAUGAUAACUCUUCAACUGGCAGACCGUUCAGUGACUUAUCCUUAUGGAGUAGUGGAGGAUGUCUUAGUAAAGGUGGAUAAAUUCAUCUUCCCAGCUGACUUUGUGGUGCUUGAUAUGGAGGAAGAUUCUAAAGUCCCAAUUAUAUUGGGAAGACCAUUUUUAGCCACAGGGAGAGCAUUGAUUGAUGUACAGCAAGGUAAGUUGAUGUUGAGAGUGGCGGAUGAAAAAGUUACCUUUUCUAUAAAUGAAGCUUUGCAGCACUCGAUGGACAAGGAGGAUUGUUUCCGGGUAGAAAUGGAUGAUUCUCUUAUGUUAGAGGAGAUGGGAAAAUAUAUGAGGAAGAGUCCAUUAGAGGGAGCCUUGCUAACAGAAAUGGGAGCAAAGGAGCUGAGUGAGAAAGUGAAUGACGAAGAGGUGGUGGACUGUGUUUACCAAUUAGAAGCUCUUAAGCCAGUAUUUACUUCCAAAAGAGGGGUUGAAGAACUAAACAGAGAUGAGGGAAGAAUGGAAGAGACAUCAAAGAUAGAAUUAAAACCACUCCCUUCCCACCUGAAAUAUAGGUUCUUAGAUGAGCAGAAGCUUAACCCUGUAAUUGUAAACAAUGAGUUGACAAGUGUUGAGGAAUAG